AUGGGCAAAACGGAGAUGGAGCUGGUUGCAAUAAGCGCAGAUAAGAGGAAGAAGAGGAGAGUUGUGAAUGACCUUGAAGGCUUUGAACUUCAGUUGGCCUUGCUGAAUUUCUUCCCCUCUGAAGAAAAGCUGCAUCUUGGAGAAGAAAGUAGACGUGCCCGUCGAAAUAAAAGGAGUAAAAGUAGUGAAGGGCCAGAUGGUCCAAGUUCAGUUAAAAACAAGAAAAAAGGUAAAAAGACUGGUCCUCCAGGGCCCAAUGGCCCUCAAGGGCCACCAGGGCCUCCUGGUCCGCAGGGCCCUCCAGGCAUCCCAGGGAUCCCUGGAAUUCCAGGCACGACUGUAAUGGGACCUCCUGGCCCUCCUGGUCCCCCUGGCCCUCAGGGACCACCUGGCAUGCAGGGCCCCUCAGGUGCCACGGACAAAGCCAGUUCGAGGGAGAUACAGCCAGCUGUGGUUCACCUCCAGGGCCAAGGUUCAGCAAUUCAAGUAAAGAAUGGUGGAGUCCUUAAUGACUGGUCACGCAUCACUAUGAACCCCAAGGUGUUUAAGCUGCAUGCCCGCAGCGGGGAGCUGGAAGUACUGGUGGACGGCACAUACUUCAUCUAUAGUCAGGUAGAAGUAUACUACAUAAACUUCACUGAUUUUGCCAGCUAUGAGGUGGUGGUAGAUGAGAAGCCCUUCCUGCAGUGCACUAGGAGUAUUGAGACUGGCAAAACCAACUUCAAUACCUGUUACACAGCCGGGGUCUGUCUCCUCAAAGCCAGGCAGAAGAUUGCAGUGAAAAUGGUCCAUGCUGACAUCUCCAUCAACAUGAGCAAGCACACAACGUUCUUCGGGGCCAUACGCCUAGGAGAUGCACCAACAUCCUAGGUGAACCUGGCAUGUACAAGGAGACUCCCAGAACUGCAUGGUGCUGCUGUUCAUAGGUGUUUCAGUAUUUCAGGGGGGUCUAUAAUCCAGCCACAAAGAAAACUGACCCAGAGCUAUUUAUUCCUUUAUGUGAAUGCAAAAAGAGCAAGGUUUCCUUUGCGUUGCCUGGAGACUUGGACUGGAAAGGCAGUUGAAAGCCAUUAUGAGAAAGAAAGGUGGCCCUGUCCUUUUUUGUCUCAGUGUUUCAAGCAUUACUGCACUGAUGCUCUUCUCUGUGGUCCUCCCCUGAGACUUCUGGUGAGAAUGAUAUGGGUUUCCUGCUUUUAUGUUGCACUAGCAAGAACAUCCAUGGCAAGAGCAGCAGGAGAGACAGACUUCUGAUGGAUUUUUCUGUCCAGACACUCGUACACUGCUGCUUCUGCACAUGUAUGUGAGCAAGAAACCCUUGUGGUUUCUGCUUUUCCACCUAUGUCAGACAGUUCUAAUUGCAAUGGUAAUGUAAUGUGAAAGGUGGAGAAUGAGAUCAACUGGGUGGUGUUUACAUUCAUCCUUUGGACUGUGAGAAUAAGUAGGUGAAGUGCCUCUAUACAGGGCUUGGAAGCAGGCUGCAAAUGCAAUAAGGGUGAAAGGAGCACCAAUAAUUAAUAAGAGAGCAGACUGCUGUCAUGACUGCCUCUGCAUAUUGCAAGCCCAGUGUUGAGAUGUUCCUGACAGUGACAGGUUCCAGUGCCACUGCUACUUGCCAGUCCUGCCAUGUGCCCACAGGUAUAAGUUGCCCUACUGUGUACUUCCUUGAAGUGUUGCUGUUGUAACAUCAGCUUGUACUAACCUGCUGCAUACCAAGAAAUAUUUACAGAGGCUUCACAGUGCUGCAUGCUGCUGGCACAGAUGCCCACAUAAACACUUAGAAGCUGCUCACUGAAAUGGGUACUUUUAAAAAAGAAUAUUCAAGGAAGCAGGCUAAUAAUUUCUGAGUUAAUAGCAAUUAUGUGCUGGUUUUUGGUUGUUUUUUCUCAUUCUGUACAUUAGAAGAAUCUUUCAUUUCUGGUUUUCCAGCCCUCUACCUUGAAGACAUUACAGUAAGUGGUGAUGAAAUAAUCUCCACCAAAAUCUGUACUGAAGACUCUGGUCCAAUGCACAUGCCCACCAAUACUGAGUCUGGUCCUAACGUGACUCUUUGGCCUUAAUGGGAAAAUUAGGACACCAUAGCUUCUUUAGGCUUCCUAAGUAAUGCUUUCCCACCACCUCCUUUUGACUGAUGAGAGAGAAAGCCAUAAGGUGCAUUUGAGGUAGGGAAGGGGCUCAAACUUCAGUUACUUCUCUGCAUUGUGCACCAUUUUUUAAAAACUGGCUACCUAUGUACAGAACACAUUUCCCAAACAUAAAGGUGACUGGGAGAAGAAUAGGGUAUUAGCCAACAUACAAAAAUAAUUCCUGAAUUGCAGAAGCAAAUUCUUAACAGACAGCUUGGUACUAACCUUCUUGUCUGUCAGCAUGAACAACUUAAUGAUAACCUGUUGGAUUUUAAAAAUGAACCUCUGUCAGUAACACCAAGACAGCAGUGGGAUUGGCCAGCUAAUGUUGCACAAAUAGCAUCCUUGGCCUCACUGCCUUUCUCCGUUUGUAGUCAGGGAUCUCAUCUUCUAAGCAUUGUAGCACCUGCCAGCAACUGUAGUUGUUGUGAGAUAAGCGUUUCCUGGGCCUUUCAGGCUUUGAUUUCAAACCUCACUACUCAGAGGAGAACAUAGUUUUGCCAUAACAGUUUGGGAAAUUGCCUGCUAUUCCUUUCUUCCUUCUUUCCAGUCUUGAUACAUUGGGCUACCACAAGCAGCUGGGCAUUUAACUAGUCUUCAGAAGUCUGUUUCCCUCAAAAUGAAUUUGAGGUGCUCUCCUCUAAGAAUGGUGAAUUCAGGAACUCUGUGUGAGAUGAGAACAGUAAUCUCCAUUAAGCAUCUCCUUGACAAGAAUACUGUAGAAGACAGUCUGCUUACCCUGCAAGACCCGAGUAGGUACCAGGAAUGCAAUGAUCUAGAAGAGCCCAAAGAGUAAGUUUAUCUUCUGUUUCCCAUGCUUCCAGGCUCCUAAAUUCCCACUUGAAUGAUGUGACAAGGAGCAGGAUUACUCCACCCAUGCAGAAGCAGUGCCUAACAGCUCUGCCUUGUGCCCCUUGUGGCCUGUAUAUACAGCAGCAUUGAAGGGCUCUGCAGGGAACUGAAUACUGCCUCCCUCACCAGCUUGCUCUCCGAUGCUCAGCUUGUAAAAUGUGCCUUUUUUAAAAAAAUUUUUGUAUUUGAUUCCAGUAUAAGCUGAGCUCCAGAAUGCACAGUGCAGGAGGGUGGGGAGCACAGGGUCUGCAUCACUAAUUGCCAAAGCCAUCACUGGCAGAAUGAGCAUAACUCCAUUGUUCUCACUGUCUUAUGCCAACAGUGAAUGGAACCAUAAAGAGCCUUUUUAUACACCGAGACCAAAUGGCCUCUCUCCAGGAACAAAAUUUUUAUUAAUAAAGUAUGGACCUGCAUUAUUAAGAUAACUAAACUACUGUAAGUUCACAAAGCUGUGGAGGUGGUUCUGUUUGUGGCCUCUCUGUGUCACCAUCUCAGGAGCCCUGUUUAAUUAUCCUGGAGUUGAACAGAACCAGUUUGAGACCAGAUCAUAGCAGCCAAGGGCUGGAGGUGGCACUCAGCAAGAUUGUGACACAAUACAAGAGCUAACAGGGGCCUGCUCCAGUCUUCCACUGUGAUGCCUUUCGCUUUAGACAGGCAUGAGUUAGGGACAAAUUUUAGGGACAGUUUUUUUUGCACAUCAGGGACCAUGGUCAGACCCUGUGUUUUGCAAAUGCAGCUCCUGCUGCUUUUCUGUGCCCCAGCUCUUUCCCUCCAGUGGCACUCCUGCUUUUGCUAAUGUGCCUUAGCUCUGCCAUUUUAUUUCUGGCUGGAUCCCAGUUGCAGAAAUGUAGCAAUCAGCGGAUGGUGUACAUUACACAAGUUUAACCCCCCCCAUUCUUAUGUAUAGACAAUCUCUGGGGAAACACAUUCUGCUGCUCUAUUCUUGCCAUCUUGAAAAGAACUGUCUGCAGUAGAUGAUUUUGCCUACACAAGAGUUGCAGGUCUGCUGCUCUUCCUUUUCCCAUGUGCCUUUCUUACAUAUAUAAGCGUGUCACCUGUUUAUAGGACUGAGGAGCCCAAUUCCCUGCUCCGUCUGACAGCUGCACCAGGUCACCACCAGACCUGGGCCGUCCUAACAGAACCAUGAAUGAGAAAUGCUCUGAGGCAGAGAGCCAUGGUUUGUAUUUAGAAAAACACAUUCUGAAUACUCGGAGGUAGAUUGUUCAGUGUUCUCGCAGCCAUGAGAGUCACCACAGGGUUGGUGCUCCCCAGCUUUGUACCUCUUGGGACAAACUAUUUGGUCACAGCAGAACUGGUACUAAGUGAGGGGAUGGUGCAGAGAAUUAGUGCCAAGCUGCUUGUUGCUCCUAGCUUUUAAGGUCCAAUGAUUUCUGCACCAGAUCAGUAUUCUGUUACUCUCCAGCACAGCAGCAUUGCUGUAGAUUCCUCAAGCAAAGAGAAGUGACCAUGUCUGUUCUAAUAGUCUGAGUGUGGGGGCGCUACAUGAGGUGAUGGAGAUGUACAUUUGUGCUUCCUGCUGUGUUCAGCUGCAUAUUUCAAGGCUGUCUGGAAUGCAGAAAUGCUGCAAUGAGUGUUUAAUUUCUUAUUUUCAAACUUGUUUGAAGCAUGCAAAGGCUCACCCACUGCUUGAAAUGGGUACUGGUGUACUAAGUGUCCUCAUACUGGGUCUUGGACUCCUAGUGAACAGGGCCAGCUGAAAGCAUUAGUGACUGUUUGAAUGAGCAGCCCCAGGCACCCUGGUGACUGUGAGUUGAGCUCAUGGAGCAGCAUUUUUUUUGCUGAUUGUUUCCUUAUCAUUUUGGCAGGUUGAGAAGUGUUUCCUGUUCAUGGCUCUCUCACUCUACAUGCCUGAGUUUGCAAUAAAAAGCAACUGUGUAUUUAGUUGUUGCAUCCGUUUUUAAAUUUGACUUCUACAAGUUGACUGCAUGUGUCAUUUCCUGCUUUGAGAGAGCCUGGAAAAAGUCUUACAAAUCAUUGCUUCCAGUGAGCCUCUGCUCGGGCUCCUAUUAUGGUAGUGGGGUUGUGGGCAUAGAUGUAACAACUCAAAGCCCACUUUUCUCUUGUGUGAGCUACACAGUGAUGUACUGAUGCUGCUUUAUGGAUCAGCAUCUUUAUUCAAGACACUAUCUGUAUAUAAAAUAUACAUAAUGUAUAUAAUUGGGAUGUAAGUUUAUGUAAAUUGUCAAUAUUUUCUUUGCAAAUAAAGCUUUCUCCUGAUCUGACCUA